AAAGAAUUUGAGCUGUGUAUCUAUGUGCGAAUUCGAGAAGCUGGUGUAGAACACCGGGCUGAGCAUCUUGGACUGUGGGAGUGGAAGCUAAGAGAAGAGCAAUGGAGCGUGCAGAUGGAGGAAGACUGUCAGAAGUCUGUGAUACUUGCGAACGUGACAUUGGUGUAA